AGCCCGGGCGCGAGGCUAGACUGUUGCCGCUCAGCCUCAGUUCAUCCUUGUGUGUGUGCCGCUUGUGAGAGAAGACGAUGCGCCCCAAAAACCCCUUAAAUAACAUGUGAAUAAUAUCUGUUCUGUGUCAGGAUUUACUUCCCUGGGAUUUUUUAAUGCAGCUUGUCCAAGAAAUUCCUCCAAAAAUGGCUGAACAAACUAAUACAGCUCCACGCAUUAAGCAGGAGCGGCUGGAUGAGCGGGAGAUCAACCAGCUUGCUCAGGAGAUGGUAGAGAAGAACAAGCUGAAGAUGAUCUCCCAGGCAGCGCAGAUUGCCCAGCAGAACCAGGCUUCUCAGCAGGCUCUUCAGCGCGCUGGUGGUCAGCAGAUGAUCACCUUCUACUUCAAUCGUGACAAGAGCAGCAUUACGGCAAAGGAGGACUCUCUUGUCCCCAACAAAGUGGAGGAGAAGAAGAAAGGGACCAUUGAUGAGGAGAGCCAGAGAGGGCGCUUUGGCUGGUCCACGAUCCACGACGCCCAUAUCCCCUACUUGUUCCGGCGCGAGGACAAGUACUGUGCCGUGAGGAUGGUGGAGACGAAGCUACUAAACAAGUACCUCAACUUCCUUCCGCACGAGAUCACCACGUGCAUCCACGUGAGAAGUUACUUCAUCACAGAGGGAGAGGCCAAGCUGCUGAACGAGAUCAACAUGAAGCAUUGCGAAUUUCAGUUCGGACGGGACCUCUUCACGACCAAAGAUUUAGUAGUGAGACUGCAUGAUGCACGGUGCUUUUACAAGUUCCUAGAUACAUGCUUUAAAAAGCUGGUACAAAAGUCGCCCGAGCAGAGUGAACACUGUGGAUUUGUUAGAAUUAAUGGUGAGAGUGUUGUGCCGUAUACUGUGAAAAAUAAACAAAAAUACGUACCUCUGUUUUAUUUUGAAGGUGAAACUGACACAUUGAAAUUGAAAGCAGAAAAGAUAGAUAACUGGGAACUUGCUUAUCUGAAAUUUUGUUGUAAAGUUCAGGGUAUCAGAAACGAGCUGUUUGCAAGUGAUACUUGUGCAGUGGUUAGUCUUGAGGAUGUGCAACAGUAUUUCCCCAAAGACACGCUCUUUGAAGACUGGUGGCCACAGAAAACUGCAGAACCAAUGAAAGUGAAUAGUCCUGGCACAAAACUAGGUGGAAUCUGGACACAGAGACCCCCAGUAGGCUCUCCCAGUGCCCCUCAACAGAGCCAUCUAGCCUCGUCAUCCACUACGUUAACGCCUAUAGCAAGCAAACCUCCGUCAAUGCCUAUUGCCACCACCGCCAGCCACAUCACCCCUCCCUCAAAUUCCCUGACCUCUCUGACCAAUUCUCUGAACUCAUUCUACUCUUGGGCCAACCUGGUGAAUGGCCAGGCAGUGGCUGCAGCAGCAGCAGCCUCUGCCUACACGAGCACUCCCAACAUGCAAGCCCUUCUGUCUGGUCUCACCAUGGAGCAAAUGAGACGGUUACAGCCUCAAGUCUCGCUGCCAGCCACCACACCGCUAAUUCCCACAAUAUCCGCAUCACAAAAUACAGUUCGGCCGCCGCCUCUAGUUAGAUCUACUUCAGCGGCUGCCUCAUCCACCUCUACCUCUUCCAACAGUCGCUUGUCUGGACGUUUGCGUAACUCCUACUCCCUUUCUAGGGCCAGCAGCACGAUAGAUGCCACGCUUCGUCAGCUGGGGUAUCCUGCACAGAUUAGCCAGUCUGCACUGAAUUCUUUAGUUAAUGCUGGAAAUUCGGCUUUACAUUCAUACAACACCAGACAGACCAACAGUAGUUCACAUCAUAAUUCAUUGGCAAAUAGCAGCUCAAAAUCCAUGUCCAAAGCCCCUCCUCCGUUAAUUCCGGUAUCGAACGGCAUGCGACCUGACAAUCUCUCUAGUCAUAAAGGUGUGGGUAGAAACGGGCUCGACAAGCAGCGCCUGGCGGACACCCCAGCUUUUAGACCGGACCCGACCAGACAAGAACCUCCCUACAAAGUCAGAAAGUUGGUGGUUGACGGAAAGGCUGUACUCUGUAUAAACCGGACGGCCUACACUCACCAAAACCCCUCAGAUUACAAUAUGGUGGCUAUUCAAGAUGUGAUAAAGGAUUUCUUCCCAGCAGCAACCCUAACUGAAUGCAUUGAGGUGUUCCAAAAUGUCCUGACAGUUACUGUAUAUAAAGCCAAUUGGCAUCAAGUUAACACAUUGAUGGAAGCUUGGGGUAGUGCUGUUGCGCCAGAUGUUGUACCACUGAUCUUUGUGUCUGACCUCAACACAUAUCUCUCACAGAUCAAGUACAUUUUCCAACGACACAAUGCCCUUGGCCAGCCGCAGGCAAAACGGAUAAGGACAACUUGAUGGUUAGAGGGGUUGUAGUGAAGGGUACAAUACAGUAAGACCUCAUUAUUGGUGUAUUUUUUUAUACCCAGUGAGAAGUUCACAGUCUUUUCUGUUCAAUCAACCAAAGUUAUCAUCAGGAAAUAAAUUGGCAUCUUGAAGAAAGAGCAAGUUUCUGAAGUAUCCGUUUUAUGUUGUCAACCAGUUAAAGAGGUUUUGGUGUAUAUGUAUGUUGGAAGGUCAGAUGGCAACAGGGAUCAGAGUUAGCCAAGGUGAACUGUUGUAGAACGCUGUCAAGAUGGUACUGUUGUAGUAUUUAAUGAAAGACUCUCGGUAAAGAAGCCGCGAAGUAAAUGUGAUAGUAAAACUGAAAAAGUGUAAGGUGUGCUGAGUAUGGACUAGAUUGCAUGCCUGAGUUGCUGGGAAGCUUGAACAUGUAUGUUGACCAACCCAGUUUGUUUGAUAAGAAAUGUUGAUAUAAAAGGAAAAGGUAACAACCAAGUAUUCAGUUGAAAAUGACUGGUACACUUUAUUUCAUUUGUAAUAAAAAUGAAAUUGUGUUCUAUAUGGGAUUGUUACUUUUGAUUUUUAUUGUGAAGUUGAACAUUACAAAGGAUGAAUGUUGUGCAGUAGAAGAGGAGAAAUGUUACAGGUAUUUUCUCUCGUAUUUAAUCUUGCCUCAGAAGGGGUCAGGGAUAGUUCAGCAGGGUGGCAACACACACAGGAGAAAAGUAAGGUUGUGUAUGCUAGUGCAAGACUGGUCAGGUUUGCAGUAUAUGGCCCUGCUCAGCAGUCAGCAGAGAAUCUCGCCCUGCCCACAACAAUGACCUGAGAUAACCAAAUCAGGGAUUGAGUUGAUGUAAUUUUUGUAUUUCAUAUGAUGAAAGAAAAAAAAAUGUAUGUUGAACUAUAUUUUUUGUUGAUUUACUUUGGUCUUAACAUUUUUCAUAAUGUCUUUACUUAUUUAUUUACAUUAUUUAUAUUGUUAUUAUUAUAUUUUUUUUCAUUUCACUUUCUUUCCAGCCUUUGCAUCAAAGAGCCAUUACCUAGUAUACAAGUAAUUUCUUAUCAGAAAUUUACUUUUAUAUGACAUACAGCCUCUGAUAUUGCUUUGAAUAUUGUGACCUGUAUACUGCCUUAUAUUUUAACUCGUGAAAUACACAAGUCCACAAUUCCAAGAAGGAAACUUUUCUAAGAGUAGGGCAACAGCUAUUAACACUUUGUUACUUGAACGAGUUGUAGGCCUUGUAUGAAGUUGGUAUUGCAUAACAUGAAUUUGAGGAUAAGCUCAACGGCAAAGUGUUAACAAUGAGGCACAGUAUGACUUCUGUGAAAGUCAUUUUCUUUGUACCUGAAAUUUUUUUCCCAAUAUAAAGUUCCCCCAGCAGAAUGCUUAAGUCAGUAUUAUCUGAGUGGCAGAUGGCAUCAUGUGUGAAUGUUCUGUAGAGGCCACAUGGAAAUAUGGCUGUGGUUUUAGUAGUGACAUGCUUCUGUCUCCAGAACUAUGCCUUCACUCGUGUAAUAAAUGUUGUUUUAUAAAAGAAACAAAUGUUUUUAUUUUCAUGAUCACAUUUUCAUUUCUGUAAAAUGUACAUAACUUGCAUUUAAAUUUGCAGAGCAUAAAUGUUUGAUUAGUUGUGAAGAAGAUAUGUUGAUGUUUUUGAAGCUGAAUUAGCAGCCUUUACACAUUACACAUUGUGCUGCUCUUGUGCACUUUCCCUUGCUCUAGAUUUUUUGGGGCAAAAUUUAGUUUUUGAAAUAUCCAGAUAUUUUUGAGUUUUGACAAAGCUGAAAAAGCUUUUAAAUUGGGUAGGUUCAGCUCAUUAUUUUGGUUCAGUCAUGUUGGUCAUCUUCUUUUGUUCCUCUGCAGUGGGUUUCAAAAUCUGGAGCUUCAUUUUCCAUUACAUAUAAAAGUAAUGCCUGUGUGUUUUUAUUCCAUCCAUUGUUUCUUGUUUCUUACUCAUAAUUGUUAAUUUAUUUUUAUAUUUUGUUGAGAGUAUUUAGUAUUUUCAUUCUAUUAAACCAGGUUUUCAGUAUAUUGUAGGAUGGCAUGCAAACAGUACAAGGUGCUUUUAUAUACUCGAAGAAUAAAUGAAUAGAAGGUGAAGAGAAAUGUACUGUUAAUGAUUAUGUAUCACAAGUAGAAUAUGUGUAGGUUUCUUAAAAGGGGGGGGGGGGGGAAUAAUAUCGUCAUCCUUCUUUAUUUUCUGUUGUAAAGGACAAACUUUAAUUAUUUUGAAAUGGAGCUUUAUAAAUC